AAUAGAAGGCUGUGGAUCAUUUCCCACUCAAAGGCUUCCGUCGUUUGUACGUUUCUUCUCUCUUGUCUCUUCGGGAUUGGUUUUUGCCGGAAGAAAAAUUGUGAUUAUUUUAAAAUUUUAAUUAAUUGUUCUUUACUGAAGUGACUACAAAGUGCGAAAUUACAUUUGGCUACUAUCUAGAUAGGUAGUUGUAAAUAAGCAAGUAUCUGAGGAUCUGUUGAACUAAUAUUUUUUGUGUGUGUAGCAUUGCUAGUUAAGCACAAAGCAAAAAUGACUGAAGACAAGAAAGCGGGAGAAAGCGAACACAUUAACCUUAAAGUCUUGGGUCAAGACAACAAUAUUGUUCAAUUCAAAAUCAAAAAGCACACGCCUCUCAGAAAGUUAAUGAACGCAUAUUGUGACCGAUCAGGUCUGGCGACUGCGGCGGUACGCUUCCGAUUCGACGGCCAGCCGAUCAAUGAGGCCGACACUCCACUCACACUCGAGAUGGAGGAAGGCGACACCAUCGAGGUGUACCAACAGCAGACCGGUGGUGGCCCCGUCUGAACCACCUUCAUAUCCACAAACUUAAUCGAUGUUGUUGUGUCGCUAAUGUGCAAGACUAAAGAGACUUAUUUUAUUUAAUCUUAAGAAUAUCAUUCACUUCAGGUUUUUCUAAAGUCUACAUUCAAUUAAAAUGACAACACUAUUCUUCGAAUAGAAAUUAUAUAAUACAAAGUGUAGUUGUAUCAUCAUUCCAGCUGACGUUAAUUUAUCUUUAAGUCCUAAUGUUGACUACUUUGAUACCAAGUUUAUUUUUUCAUUACAUCCAAAGAAUAUCUGAACGCAGUUUUUUAAUUUAGUAGUUGACUACUUGGAAACAAAGUUCAUCUUUUCAUUACAUCUAAAGAAUUUCUGAACUCAGUUUUUUUCUAAUUAGUACUCAGUUUUGUAAUAAUAAUGUAUGUUGUAAUCACUACGAUUUGAAAUACAGUAUAAAUGUAAUGUUGAAAACUUGGAAAAUUAUGGUAAAAUGCCACUUGAUGGAGAAAUUUAAUUUAAAAAUAGAAUCCAUGUGAUUUUUUGUGUUUCAACAUUAUUAAAUAAAAAUCUUUGAUAAAAUUUAAA